AUGAAUGUCCACUGCCCGUGGCUCCUCCUGAUUCUAGGACACGUGGCUUUGUUUGACUCAUCACAGACAUGGGUGGUUGAGCAUCCCCAAACCCUCUUCGCCUGGGAGGGAGCCUGCAUCUGGAUUCCUUGCACAUACAAAAUGCCAGGUUCCAGUGCCAGACAGCUCAAGAUCCUCUUGUAUCAGAAAUACGAGUUUGACAAUAAGAUCAAGGACUUCGCCGGGACUGUCCUCUAUAACAACACAAAGAUUGGGUCAUCCCCUUCUAAGGAUGGAAGGGUAACAUUCUGGGGAAACAGAAACUCUAACUGUACCCUGGAAAUCCUCGAGAUAAGCGAGAGUGACCGAGGGCCGCUGGGGUUGAGGAUGAUAUCGGGUGAUGACAAGUGGAUGGAGAACAUUUACCUCAACAUCUCCAAGACACCCUUCUCACCUUAUAUCAAGCUGCCAUCAGAAGAAAUCCAGGCAUCCCAAAGUGUCACUCUGACCUGUACACUGAAUUAUGCCUGCCCUCGGUACCCCAUUCGCUUGGAGUGGUCCCUGAAAGAGCCCGAAAUCACCGUCGUCAGCUAUUCCGUUAAGAAUGUCUACACAGAGAGCAAGCUCACCUUCCAACCAAAAUGGACGGACCACGGAAGGAACGUGACGUGCCGAGUCUUGCACCAUACGGAUGUGCUCUCCGAGAACACAGUGCGCCUGGAUGUUAAACACGUGCCGCAGCUCAUGAUCGAGGUCAGUGCUACAGAGGUCAUGGAGGGCGACUCUGUGACCAUGACAUGCCAAGUCACCAGCAGCAAUCCAGAACACAGGCCGGUGUCCUGGGUCAAGGAUGGGCACCACCUGCAGGAACAGACACCCACACUAACUCUGAGUGAAGUGACCAAGGACAUGAGUGGGAAAUACCGCUGCCAGGCUUUAAACGACCUGGACCUAGGACAGUCGGAAGAAGUGGUCCUCACAGUGCUGUUUCCUCCAGAACCUUCCAGGGUUCACAUCUACCACCCACCUGCUAAAGAGGAGCAGUCAAUUGAGCUGGUUUGUGACUCAUUGGCCAGCCCAAGAGCGACAAACUAUACCUGGUACCACAAUGGAAAAGAAGUGCCUGGAGAGACACAGGAGAAGCUCUUGAUCCCUAAAGUCUCCCUGAGGCAUGCUGGGACUUACUCUUGCUUGGCAGAGAACCGCCUGGGUCGUGGACAGAAAAAAGAGGAAGCUGAACUGGAUGUCCAGUAUGCCCCCAAGGCGGUAACCACAGUUAUUCAAAACUCUACACAAAUUCGGGAAGGAGACAACGUGACCGUGGCCUGUCACUACAGCUCUAGCAAUCCUAAAGUCACCCACUAUAGGUGGAAUCCUCCAGGUUCUGGGAAUGAGGUCACACCUGGAAUGCUGAGGAUUCAGAAGGUCAAGUGGAACUCCCAGUCCAUCAGCUGUGCUGCCUGUAACGAGUGGUGUUCGUGGGCCUCCCCCGUCAGCCUGAAUGUCCACUAUGCCCCCAGAGAUGUGUGGGUCCAGAAAGUGAUGCCCCAGUCAUCAGAGAUCCGUGCUGGGGAGCCUGUCCUCCUCCGAUGUGAAUUCUUCAGGAGCCACCCAGCAGAGGUCCGCUUCUUCUGGAAGAAGAACGGGAAUUUUGUGCAGGAGGGGAGAAACCUGAGCUUCAGCCCCAUCUCCCCAGAGGAUUCUGGAAAUUACAACUGCUUAGUCAACAACUCCAUCGGAGAGACCCCGUCGCAGACCUGGUACCUCCGCGUGCUGUAUGCCCCUCGGAGGCUGCGCGUGUCUAUUAGCCCCGGGGACAGCAUAAUGGAAGGGAAACAGGCCACUCUGUCCUGCGAGAGUGAUGCCGACCCACCCGUCUCGCAGUAUGUCUGGUUUGACCCCAGUAACCGAGACCUUCACGUCUCGGGCCAGAAGCUGAGGCUGGAACCGCUGAAGGUCCAACACACGGGCUCUUACCGCUGCCAAGGGAGCAACAUGCUGGGCAAGGACGUGUCGCCGCCCAGUACCCUCACUGUCUACUAUAGCCCAGAGACCAUCGGCAAGCGGGUUGCCUUGGGACUAGGGUUCUGCCUCGCUGUCUGUAUCCUGACUAUCUGGGGGAUGAAACUCCAGAAAAAAUGGAAACAUAAUCAGAGCCAGCAGGGGCUUCAGGAAAAUUCCAGUGGCCAGAGCUUUUUUGUAAGGAAUAAAAAGGCUAGAAGGACCCCUCUCUCAGAAGGCCCCCAGUCCCAGGGUUGCCACAACCCGAUGAUGGAUGACAGCGUUAGCUAUGCCAUCUUGCGCUUUCCAGAGACUGGCGCGCCUAGAGCUGGUGAUGCAGGGACCUCAGACACACAGGGUUCUCCUCCAAACAACAAUGACACGGUCACUUACUCGGUGAUACAGAAACGUCACGUGGGUGACUAUGAGAACGUAACUUCAAGCUGCCCUGAUGAUGACAGCAUCCACUACUCAGAGUUGGUUCAGUUUGGGGCUGGGAAGCGGCCUGAGGCAAAGGAAGAUGUAGAAUAUGUGACCCUCAAGCACUGA